AUGCAGAGCAUUCCAGAAGUCAAUUUUGCUGAAUGCACUGUGAAAACAAAAGAGAAAAGAGAUCAAGUAAAUCGUCGAAGGUUGUCGCGACGUAUUGCUACCUCAUUCCUUCCUAAAGCGUACUCUGUUCCUUUUAUACGAGUGCGAACACAAGGGGAUGAACGGUUCCUGUUAGGAUCACAGCUGGAGCUUGAGCAUCCCAAGGAUGUAGCCUUGACGGAGAAGAGAGAAAGGACCACUAACGACAUCAAACAAAUGCUUCGAAGACCAAAUCACUAUUCGCUACCAUUACUACUGCGAUCAUUGCGCAAAAACGUCUUAAAUGAGUUUACAACCGCCAAGCUACAUUCGGGAGAUGUCAAAAAAGCACGUAAGAACCUCGCUAUGCACGGUUCCAAGCUAGAGAAAAACUUCUACUUCAAUGGAAAUCAUACUGAAAUGAAAAUAAACGUGCACCCCUGGCCAACAAAGAAGCUUUUACUGAAAAGGAUCAAAACAACGGGAUUUCCACUCAGCCCGACUCACCCUCCAAUGUCAACAGCAACGCCGCCUAGUUCGAAUUAUACUUUAGAAUCUCUGAAUACCACUUCCGAGGACAUUUUAGCUUCAACCAGUAGCCCAGGCAAAGCCGGUGGAAAUCGCACGGAUGCGCACCAUUCGAGGACACCCACAACAAUGACAGUGACCAGGAUGAGCACACUCUUAGAAUACGUAUCAAGCACUGCACCAAUUAUUUUCGUCAAACUGACGAGAAUAGGGCCCACGAGGACUGCGAAUGGAACAAGCCACGGGAUCUCCAAGCGCACCACUGCUGAGCGUGCAUCAAGUCCCAACAUAACCGCAGAUCAAGUGGCGAUGGAUCAAACGCCUACAUCUAUCACAGUCGACGAGAAGCUCUCUAACACAACAGAAGAGAGCGCAAUUAGUAAAAGAAAUAAAAGCGACCGAAAACACCGAAAUACAAGCACCAUGACUGUGAACCACAUCGAGGACGUGGACUUUAUGACGGAAGUCACAAAACUGCCAAAUGGAACAGUUCCGUCCAAGUCAAUCAAACGCAAGAGAAGCAAGAAUGCGUCAACGAAGAAAAACAGCACCAAGUCGGAUCUAGCCUAG